AUGAUAAGCAACAAAACAGCCCGCCUCUUUGCAUUGAGAGCACACUUCAUGGGGAACACUUCAUUUACGGACAUUGCAGAGCUUCAGUCAUACGCACAAUGAUGAACUUUAUCUUGAUGACAGCUUUCAUUCUCUGCAGCCUCAGCUGGAUCUCUGUCUCAGUUUCUGAGUCUCAGACUGUGGAGGUCCAGUCUGGUGAAGACGUCACACUGCUGUGCUCCAACAUUUCCACAUAUGACGCUGUAACAUUCUGGUUCAGACUUGUCCAGAGAACCAACAUCAGCUGUAUCUCUGUUAUGAUGAAGUCUUACCGCAAUGCUACAUUCUGUGAUGGAUAUCAAAGUGGAAGAUUUGAAAUGAGCUCCAACAUCUCUGCUCUCUUUCUCAAAAUCAAACAAGUGGAUUUAUCUGACUCUGGACUGUAUUUCUGUGGAUUUUACGAAAAGGCACAUCCAAGUUUCAGUGUAAUAUAUUUAAACAUUAAAGGCAGCGAUGAGCCACAUGACGACGUGGAAGGCCAGUGUAAAAGUAAGAUGUUUGAAGAAGAGUCUGAUGGAAUAGCAAAGCUGACGAGUGUGAUCCUGGGCGGCCUGACUGUUUUCCUUGUAAUAGUCAUCAUCGGUCUGCUUGUUAAAAACAGGAAACUUCAGAAAGCUGCCAGAGAAAAACAGAAUCCCCAACAGCAUGAGAAUCUGGACUCUGAUGACCUGAAAGCACUGAGUUUGUAUUCAACAACAAUAAGAAACAGGAGGCCUGCAUCAGAGAGAGAAGUGGAAACUCAUGUUGUUUAUGCUGCCAGCAGAUAGACUCAGAGUGGAACUGAUGCUUUUGUCAUAUUAACCCACUGUAUUGUAUUAGAUUAGAUUAUGUACAGUGUAAUUCCUCUGAAUUAUGGUUCAGUCCUUUGUACUAACAGUGUACCAGUGGUUUACGUACAUAUAGGUAGGCACUUAGAAGAAUAUAUGACAUAAUGACGAAGUGACUACAAACUACGUUGUUCCUUCAUAAAUUAGUACUUAACCGUCCCAUUGUGUUCAAAUAAGUUUUACAGGCCUAUUUAGCCAAGAAUGUGUUUGGUUGUUAAUUUGGUCACAUAAUCUGAGUUACCGUAAAACUUCAAUGAAUAGCCGAGUACCAAAUAGCCGCCUUCCUCCUUUACUGGCCUGGUCUGGGAACACAUUUUG